AUGCAAGCGCAAGUCGACUACGAUACAGGUCCCGUGCGUACCUGGGACGGCCCGGUGCCGCCAGCUCAAGGCGCAGAUCCCAACGACCAUCUACAAUACAUGCGACUGGCCCUUGACCAAGCCCAAGAAUCACCACCAAAACCAUCAAACUUCCGCGUGGGCGCCUUGUUAGUCGAUGCAGAUACCGGGUCCAUCCUUUCUCGUGGCUACACUCUAGAGUGUGAGGGAAACACGCAUGCAGAGCAAUGUUGUCUCCUGAAGCUCGCCCAAGCACGUGGUCUGCCUGAAGAGCGAGUUGGCGAAGCUUUGCCGUCAAACACUGUCAUCUACACUACCAUGGAGCCUUGUAACCUUCGGUUAAGUGGCAACCUACCCUGUGCGGAUCGUAUUAUUCGCACAAGAGGGGCAAAUGGAGAGCAGAAGAUUAAAAAGGUGUAUCUAGGGGUUAAAGAGCCAGAGAAGUUUGUCGGCGAGAACGAGGGGCGGAAAAAGUUGGAGGAGCAUGGUAUCGAAUGUAUACAUGUACCUGGGUUGGAAGAGAGGAUAUUGAGUGUUGCUACUGCUGGCCACGAGCAGUGA